UCUCCAUCCUCUGCAGCAGCACUACCAUGAGUCUCAGGAGCAAACGCAGCACCUAUCCAAGACUUCACAUGUCCUCAGGGGGCUUCAGUAGCAUGUCCAUGGGCUCCUACUCUGCCUCCAAGAUCAGCUCUGGGGCUAACCAGGCGGCCCCGAUUACAGCCGUGACCAUCAACAAGAGCCUGCUGACUCCAGUGAAGAUAGACAUCGACCCCACCAUCCAAGCUGUUCGCAACCAGGAGAAAGAGCAGAUCAAGGGUCUCAACAACCGUUUUGUCAACUUCAUUGAUAAGGUAAGACACCUGGAACAGCAGAACAAACUACUGGAGACCAAGUGGAAUAUGCUGCAGGGACAGACCGUCGCCGCCUCUAACAUUGAGCCCAUGCUUAAGUCCUACAUCAUCAACCUGCAAAGACAACUGGAGGUUAUCAACAAUGACAAACACAGACUUGACAUGGAGAACAAUGCCAUGUACAAACAGGUGGACGAAUACAAGACAAAGUAUGAGAAUGAGCUCAACAAGAGGAAUGAAGCAGAGAAUGAGUUUGUCAUGCUCAAAAAGGAUGUGGACGCAGGCUAUCUGGCCAAGGUGGAUCUAGACGACAAGGUGUCUCUUAUCACUGAUGAAUACAACUUCCACAAGGCUCUGUAUGAUGCGGAGCUACGCGAGCUGCAAGAGAGCCUUAAGGAGACCUCUGUGGUGGUGCAGAUGGAUAACUCCCGAGGCCUGAACAUGGAUCAGAUCGUGUCUGAGGUUAAGGCUCAGUAUGAGGACAUUGCCGCCCGCAGCCGUGAAGAAGCUGAAAACUGGCACAAGAACAAGUUUGAUCAGAUGGCUGCUGAGGCCGAUCAGUACGGCAAUGAGCUGCGCAGCGCCAAGGGGGAAAUAUCUGAGCUAAACCGAAUGAUCAGCCGCCUGCAGAAUGAGAUCCUGGCAGUAAAAGCACAGCGUGACAACCUUAAGGCCCAGGAAGCAGAAGUGGAGCAGCGCGGGGAGGCGGCCGUGCAGGAUGCCAAGGCUUGCAUCAGGAAGCUGGAGCUGGCUCUGCAGAGGGCCAAGCAGGACAUGGCUCAGCAACUCAGAGAUUACCAGGACCUCAUGAAUGUCAAGCUGGCCCUAGACAUAGAGAUCUCCACCUACAGGAAGCUGCUGGAAGGAGAGGAGGAAAGACUUGGACAGGAAUCUAUUGUCAACAUCCAAACGGUGCCCACUAAAUCCAUCCCAGUUGAAAGCCCCCAGCCGCGAAAGUCAGGUGCACUUGUCAUCAAAAAGGUGGAGACCCGUAACAUUUCAUACUAAAUCUGAAAAAACAAAACACUGCAGUACUUUAACCUGGUGGUUCAUUAUAGCGACAACAUGUACAUCAAUCCUUUUGUAACCUACAGUAAA